AUGUCGUCCGAGCUCGAGUACCUGAAGGAGCUGCACGCGCGUCUGAGCGAGAAGAUCAAGUCGCUCGAGAGCGAGGCGGCCAAGAAGCUGCCCACCAAGAAGACUCCAGCUCAGCAGUUGCGGACCGUGCUCAUCGGGCCUCCCGGUGCCGGCAAGGGCACGCAGGCGCCGCGUAUCCGAGACGAGUACUGCGUCUGCCAUCUGGCCACGGGCGACAUGCUGCGCGAGCAGGUCACGAAGAAGACCAAGCUCGGCGUCGAGGCCAAGAAGAUCAUGGACGCCGGCGGCCUCGUUUCGGACGAGAUUGUCGUCGGCAUCAUCAAGGACCAGCUCGAGAACAACCCGUCGUGCAAGAACGGGUUUGUGCUGGACGGGUUCCCGCGCACGGUCGUGCAGGCCGAGAAGCUCGACGAGAUGCUCACGGGCCGCAAGGAGAAGAUCGACUCGGCCGUCGAGCUCGUGAUCCCGGACCAGCUCCUCAUCGCACGCAUCACCGGCCGCCUCAUCCACCCCGCCUCGGGCAGGACAUACCACAAAGAGUUCAACCCGCCCAAGAAACCCAUGACGGACGACGUAACGGGCGAGCCGCUCAUCCAGCGUGCGGACGACAACGUCGACACGCUCACCAAGCGCCUCACGACGUACCACAAGCAGACGACGCCUGUCGUGGAGUACUACCGCAAGAAGGGGCUCUGGUAUGGCUUGGACGCGACGCAGAGUCCGCCGGUCGUGUGGGACAAUUUGCAGAAGAUCUUUAAGAGGCAGGCAUAG